UCCAAGGAGUGCCCAUUUGAGUGUUUAAAGUGGGCCUGGCGAAGACUGCUGGGUGUUCGGUUGCUUCCAUGUGGGCACAGAGCAGCUCCCAGAUGGGCUAGGUCCUUGUUGGUUUUGGUUGAGGCUGGGCUAUAAGUUUGCUGGUCAGCGGCAAGGAGGGUGCAGAGCAUUGAACUCAGUGUAGACCGUGGUUUAUUGCUGUGCUUCUGUACGCCACUCAUUUGUGACGUGGUGUGGGUGUUUUGUUCUGUGAAUGCUCUUUGUCGAAAUCCGUUAGAUAUUUCUAUGGUGUGGGGUCUUGUGGUUGUUAUAUAAUAAAAAUUUAAAAACCUGUACCCACUAUUUGAGCACCUAAAGAAGCUUGCAUUUGUAAGCUGAUUGCCAGUAUGGGAAUUCUAGGUUUGGGGCCCGGAGUUUUGUUGUCAGGUUCCAAAACAUGUGGAUCGGAUCAUGUGGAAUUGAAGCUGUAAUGACUCUGAGUUCAGAACCUGUCCUGAUGUGUGCAAGUGGCUCACUUCCGUGGGUCCGGAGCAGCCCGCAUGCUCGGACAAUCUGAACCGCCCUGCUUUUCCGUGGUGGCUGGCACCUACUGCGAAGUCACAGAACCGAGUGACCUCUGACAGCUGUGGGGAAGGUGCAGGCCAUGCGUGGAGGGCCCUCCCAGCUGGGAGGAAAGAAAGGCCCAGGGAGGCACCUCAUCUUCCCGCCCUGCCUGCUUGCCCUUCAGCAAUGACAGAUGCUUCAAAAAAGGGUGCUCUUGGUGCCAAGCAGGCAUUUGUGUUUCACAGAAUGACCUGACUGGGGAACACUCGUGCAUCAUGCUGAAGACGCUGACUGAUGAGGAGGACGCUGACCGGGGAGCGUGGCUCCCCGCCUUUUGGAAAGACUUCCGCAGGCGGUUCCUAGCCCUGCUGUCCUACCAGUUCAGCACCUUCUCUCCCCCGCUGGCUCUGAACAUCAUUCAGAACAAGAACAUUGGGAAGCCGGCACAACCAGCGCUGCGCCGGGAGGAACUGGAAGCCCUUUUCCUCUCCUAUGACCUGAAGAGGCUGGAGAUGUACUCACGGAACAUGGUGGACUACCAUCUCAUCAUGGACCUGAUCCCAGCCAUCUCCCGGAUGUAUUUCCUCCACCAGCUGGGGGACCUGUCCCUGUCCGCUGCCCAGUCAGCUCUUCUCUUGGGAAUUGGCCUACAGCAUAAGUCUGUGGACCAGCUGGAAAAGGAGAUCGAGCUGCCUGCAGGCCAGCUGAUGGGACUUUUCAACCGGAUCAUCCGCAAAGUUGUGAAGCUGUUCAGCGAGGUGCAGGAACGGGCCAUCGAGGAGCAGAUGGCGGCAGUGAAGGACGUGGUUAUGGAGCCCACUAUGAAGACCCUCAGUGAUGACCUGGAUGAGGCAGCGAAGGAAUUCCAGGAAAAACACAAGAUAGAAGUGGGGAAGCUGAAGAACAUGGACCUCUCUCAGUACAUAAUCCGUGGGGAUGACGAAGAAUGGAAUGAAGUUUUGAACAAAGCCGGGCAGAAUGCCUCCAUGGUCAGCCUGAAGAGUGACAAGAAAAGGAAGCUGGAAGCCAAACAAGAUCCCAAACAGAACAAAAAGCUGAAGAAAAACAGAGACGUGAAGAACAAAAAAGAUCUGAAACUGAAGCGGAAGAAAUAGCGUGGGCAUCAGCGGGUGACGCGUACGGAGAGCGCCCCGACUUCCCGAGCUGUCUCCGGCGGGGCCCGGCGGCGGCCUGGAUUGUUGAAAGCAACAGGGGCCCCCGCCAGACCCGGAAGCCGGCCAGGACUUCAGUCCAUGGGCUGAGCUUGGCUUAAGGAACGCGACGGUUGGGCAAAGCUCUGGCACUGCUGAGGGCCUGUCUCCCCCCCGCACAACCGGCCCUCUCCCCCCCGUAAGUUCCCGUUUUGUUCUGGGCCCAGCUCUGUUAGCGCCGCCUCACGGGUGUGGAAGCCACGCUGACUCCCGUCUCAGGGUUAAACACGCAGCUUUCUGGUGACGCGCAGGCGGCCACUAGUGGAGCCCUGGGCCUCUCGUCGUGGCCUUGGCCGGACACCCUGAGGCCCAGGUCAGCGUGCGGCGCCCUGGGCUUUGCUCUGCCAUAAACCGUCCCGCUCCUGGCUCCGCAGGCCUGCGGCCCCGUGUCCCAGAAGAGCCUGAGCUCUUAAUUUAAGAAGAGGACCUCGAGUCCCCCAAAUCUGUUAUUUCAUCUAUUUGGGAAAAAGUGUUGGGCGAGACCCUUUCGCUAGCAGGGGUGAGGGAGGGCUAGAGAACCUAUUUUAAUAAAUAACAAGCUAGAAA